CCAGGCAGCUUUAUAUGGCUGGACACAUUGGAAUGGUUCAUAAAUCUGAUGAUGAAGCUGCCCGUGUUGUUGGUGUUAGCCCUGCCUGUUCUAUACACUGAAGGAAGCUGUAUGAACAGGACUUCGAUACCACAGCUCAACUGCCUGAUGACUGCUGCGUCAAAUCUGGCUCUAAGAUUACAAGAUGGCUGUGCCCUUAUCCGGGAUACUUUGGCUUCACUUUUGUACAGUGGAAAGACUUUCCUGCUGAACCCAGGUCUUGAGGACAGAGUUCCUAAGAUCCCUGCCAACCGAUCAACAAAUCAAGCUCUUCCGACUCCUCCAGAGAUUGAGGACAAACUGGGCCGGGUGCCCUCAAUCAAGUUUGAUAAAACCAACCUGGAAUGGCAGAUCUUUAAUGGCUCUAUUCCCAACGGAGCUGUGUACAUCAACAACCAAUAUGUUGGACGCUAUGACUAUGUCUGCCAAUUCUUCGGCCAGGCUGGUUUCUACAACCCUAGCAUGGGUCCUUACUGCUACUACUCCUUUAAAGGCAAAGAGUAUGUUAGCUCUUUGCUUUGGCCAUUUGAGAUCCUGGUAAACAAAGACAACUUUGAGUUGAUGGAAUGGAAAGAUGGCUCCUAUGGUUCAGUUCCUCAGAAUGCUGUCCGGACCUGCUCCGGUUGCGAUAUAUAUGUUGGAAAGAACGAGUAUGGUCUUGGGAAGGUUGUUGUUAAAGAUAAGGUCUUCUACCUUCCCUAUAAUGGUGAUGAGUAUUGGUACUACAGCUACCAGGUCCUGAGCAUUAGCAAAGAUAUAUACAGCGAGGACAUGUUUGAUGUCAAGUAUAAGACUGAUGGGGUUAAAGUCAUUGAUUAUCCUCCAGAGACCAUGUGCAAGUCUUUCAUUACCAACUAUGAGUGUCAGUCAGUUACAGCAACAGCUACCGUCUCAAAGACAAUCCAAGUGGAGCAAACGUGGGCCACCAGCUUUUCAAUCACAUUGGGCGUCAAGACUAGCGUAACUGCUCAAAUCCCCUCAAUAUUGUCCACAGGCAUUGAGUUUAGUUUGGAAAAAACCCUCCAGUUCACAGAGGGGACCACUUAUACAGAGUCGACCACUCACACUGUUUCUGUUGAGGUCAGUGUCCCACCAAACCACUCCUGCCGUGUCAGUUUGGUGGGAUAUAAGUACGGAGCAGACAUCCCUUAUUCUGCACGACUCAAGCGCACCUACAUCAAUGGAGGGAUCUCAUGGACGCCCAUCUCUGGAAACUACAGCAGCGCCCAAAUGGGAGAAGUCCGGGGUGUGGUGGAUCCCUGUAAACCUGUUCCUGAUCCCACUCCCUGUCCAUGAGAGAAAAAUGGAAAAGGUUCUAUGUUAUACAGUAACUGACAUGUUGGGGCUAAACCUUUUCACUUAUCAUUUCAACUUUCACUAGAAAUUAGUAUUGAAUCAUUGUUACAUGUAAAAUAACAUUUUAAUGCAAACUAACGUACAAG